GUCAAAAACCUAAAUUUUACUCCAUAACUUACCAUUAGUAACACUUAAUUGGUACUAGACAGUUCGUUGGAUCAUCAACUCUUUAGAUUUGAAUUUAAGCACCUCUAAAUCAUUUAAUCAACUUUAAGAUAAUCUAAAUUAAUUAAAAUAUAAAAUAAACACCGUCCAAAUUUAAUAGCUAAAACUCUUCCUAUCUUUCUAAAGGACAAUGAUCACUAUCAAGCACCCCCUUAACCAUCCAACCAAAAAAUUAAUUAGCACUUAAUCAAACAAUUAAAAUAUAUUACUAAAAGGGCCUAAUACGCUCCGAAACGUCCAAAACCGUUGUUGGUUUCCAACCAAUCACAAAUUGUCCUCCAAAAAAAUAAAAAAAUAAAGAAAAAUUAUGAUUUUUUUUUUUUAAAAAAAAAGUCCUACAAAUUAAGGGCCCCCCUUCUUUUUUUGCUAUCCUCCUCUACCCACUUCUUAAAAUAAAGAAAAAUCUACUUGACAUAAAGCCACUAUAUUACUUGUUUACUAAUCCAUAAAUUACUAAUUACUAAUUAGGUACUAUACUAAUUAUUAUUUCCUACAAUAUUAAAUAAAAUAAAAUCCCUUGCCCCACAAAAAAUUAAUAAAAUAUUUUUUCUUCCUUACCAAACUCCUACCUUACUUUUUAUAAAUAACCCAAAAUUCUCCCUCAAUUCUUCCUCAACUUCUCCUCAAUAAUAUUCUCCAAAACUCCAUUAAAUAAACCAAAUUAUUUAUAUUUUGUUCUUCUCAUAUUUUUUCUCCUACAUAAUUUGUCUCAAAACACCCAAACAUUAUGACAAAAGCAGGAAAACUUGGAAAAUUACUCAAGAAAAUGCAAUCAAUGGGAAGAACAUCAUUCAACCACCGCGAAAAUGAUCAUAUUCAUCAAACAAGUUUAAGCAGAAGAGACUCAACUUCAUCCUCAUCAAUUGUUGCUACAAAGUACAAUAACAUAUCCUACGACGACUCGUCCCCGGAACCUUCCUCCACAAGUAAUCUUUGUCCGGUUUACGUAGGAAAGUCUAGGAGGAGAUACAUGGUCACCUCGGAAGUCCUCGAACACCCGCUUUUUCGAGAGCUCGUAGAACGAUCAUCCGGUGGCGGCGGGGCCGAGGAGAUAUCAGUAGGGUGUGAGGUGGUGUUGUUUGAGCAUUUGCUAUGGAUGCUUGAUAAUGCUGACCCUCAACCUGAGUCUUUGAAUGAGCUUGUGGACUUUUAUGCUUGCUAAUAAUUUUUCAUGAAAGUUCAUUAAUUGAUUAAUUAAUUAAUUAAUGUUUUUUUAUUUCAAUUUUUUUUGGAGGUAAUUAAAUUGUUUUUUUUUUUUAAAAAAAUUAUUCUCUCUUUUUAUUUUAUUUUUUUAGAGAGUUUGUAAAAUUUUCUCACCCUAAUUAUUAACAUAUAUAGUACUAUAUAUAUGUACUUCUUGUACACGUAUAUAGGGGAAAAAAUGUGAAUUAAAACAAUUAUGGGUGAAUGGUGAAAUUAUGGUUAAACUUGACAUUAAAUUUUUAUUUGCGUUUGCCAAAUGCCAAAUUGUUGUUGGCAAUGUAAUUGUUGUUACCAUUAAUUUGUAUGAUAUGAAUAUAAUCCUUUUUGGUAAUUUUGUUGUUUGU